AUACUAUAGUUUGAUUAGAUACUUUGAUUGAUUUGUCUUUCGCUUUAGUUUUCUCCAACCUUCUCUUUGGUUUUGCUUACUCAAUCUCCAAAGAAUAAAUGCGUUGCCUUACUAACACUCAAAAGCUUUAGUUUGUACCUUUUCAUCAGUGGAAUUGGAAGCGGAUGCAAGCAAAGCAAAUUCCUAUAAUGAAGCUAUAAACACGUUCAUUGCUAAUUUGUUCAAACCGCAUCACCCAAAAAAAACUUGGUUCGUAGUGACAUAACCCACAACACAUUCCCUGCUUCACCCUCAAAAGUCAUGGCUGAACCCUUCGCAUUUAACAUUGCAGAAAAUGUCCUCGAGACACUAACCGCUCUUGUUGUUCAAGAAAUUUCACUUGCUUGUGGUGUCCAAAGUGGCUUUCGAAAGCUUCGUGAAAUGUUAGCCACUGUCAAACCUUGGAUCUUAGAUGCUGAAGAAAAACAGGCUCGUAACAAUCAGCUUCAAGAUUGGGUACAAAAGCUGAAGGAUGCCUGCUAUGAUGCAGAAGAUGUAUUAGAUGAAUUUGAAGUUGAAUCAUUGCGGGGGCAAGUCUUGGAACAGAAGUGCAUUGGAAACAAGGUAUGCAAUUUCUUUUCAAGCUCAAACCCACUUGUUUUUCGGCUUAAAAUGGCACAUAAGAUUAAGAAAAUUACAGAGAGGUUUAGUGAGAUUGCUGAUUUGCGAGAUCGUUUUCAUCUCGUAGAAAAACAUGAUGACACUAUGCAUGUUGUGCUCUCGGACAGGGAGACCCACUCCUUUGUACAGGCAUCGGAUGUUAUUGGUAGGGAUAUAGACAAAAAAAAUAUCGUAGAAAGUUUAUUGCAAGCUCCAACUGGUGGGGAAGAGGAAAACAUUUCCGUCCUUACUAUAGUUGGAAUUGGAGGUCUCGGGAAGACCGCCCUUGCAAAGUUGGUGUUCAAUGAUGUAAAUGUAGCUGAGUUUUUUCAGUUGAAAAUGUGGGUAUGCGUUUCAAAUGAAACUGAUUUGAAACGAUUGCUUGAAAAAGUCAUUAAAGUUGCAAAUGGGGGUGAUAGGGACUAUGGUAAUAUGAGCUUAGAGAAAUUACAGAAGGGCUUACGAGGUUGUUUGAAUGGCAAAACGUAUUUACUCAUUUUAGAUGAUGUUUGUUGGGUCGAUGAUAAACCAUGGAGUAAAUUGAAACCUUUGUUAAUGGGGGGAGCCAAAGGGAGUAAAAUCCUAGUCACUGCUCGUAGUAACCUAGUUGCUAGUAACAUGGGUACAAUACACAACUUAAAAGCUCUUCCUGAGGAAGAAUCUUUCUCUUUGUUCCUCAAAGUGGCCUUUAGAAAAGGGGGAAAGGAACAACAUCCGCACCUAGUACAAAUUGGGAGGGAAAUUGUGAAAAAAUGCGGAGGGAAUCCUUUGGCUGUGAAGACGCUUGCGAGUCUGCUUUAUUCUACGACUUCAAAGCAUGAGUGGGAAAAGGUGAGAGAUAAUGAGAUGUGGAAAUUAAUGCAAGACAAAAAUGACCUUUUGCCUGUUCUGAAACUAAGUUAUGAUCAGUUGCCUCAUUAUUUAAAGCCAUGUUUUGUUUAUUGUUCUGUCUAUCCGAAGGAUUAUAGGUUUGCAAGUUUUGAAUUAGUUCAAUUUUGGAUGGCUCAUGGUCUUCUUAAAACCUCUAACCCAGAUGAGGACCCUGAAGAAACUGGUAGGCGGUACCUGAAUGAGUUGUCUUCGAGAUAUUUUUUCCAAGAUUUUGAGACACUUGGUUUCAUUCAGCACUUCAAAAUGCAUGAUCUGCUACAUGAUCUUGCCCUGUUAAUAGCAAAAAAUGAGUGCUCCGUAGUGAAAUCCCAAGGCCAAGAUGUUGGCGAAGGGGUUCGACAUUUGUAUUUUUUGGACCUUGAUAUUCCUGCAGAAAGCUUUUCUAGGUACCUAGAUAACUGUUGUCAUGUGCGUACAUUUCGCUUCUUGUAUAUAAAAGAGGGAUCCAGAAAUGAUUUCUUUAUCCAAACAUUCCUCUCAAGGUUCCAAAGAUUGCGGGUGCUGGAUUUGAGUGAGUCUACUUUUGAGGUAUUGCCAAGAGGGAUUGGUAAUUUGAAGCAUUUGAGAUUUCUUGACCUAAGGGGUAAUCGUAAUAUUAAGAAACUUCCGAAUUCCAUUUGCAAGUUGCAAAAUUUACAGACUUUGAUUCUUGCUAGUUGCAAUGGAAUUGAAGAGUUUCCUAAAGAUAUGAGUCAACUGAUUAUGCUGAGAGCCUUGUCAAUAACCACAAAUUUGACGGUUUUACCAGAGAAUGUGGUGAACCGGUUGAAGUCGCUUAGGCAUUUGGCAAUUGGUCAUUGUGAGAAUUUAGAGCAUUUGCCUGAAGGGGUUCGAAAUCUCACACAACUUCGAACAUUGGUGAUUGGUAUGUGCAAAAACUUGAUCUCACUUCCUCAUGGUUUGAAUUGCCUGACAAAUUUGGAAAAUCUAGCAAUUUUGCAUUGCGAAAGGCUGGAAUUAGAAGGGAAAGAAGAUAAUAGUCAAGAGCAGCACAUUGCACAAGGGCUAAGGCUUAGAAGAUUGCUACUUGGAGGAUUGCCAAAGCUGAAGACACUGCCCAAAUGGCUUUUAAUUCAAGGAAGUGGCUCUCACACUCUAUCACUUGAAAUGCUAGAGAUUUUUGGAUGCCUGGAAUUGGCAUCUCUGCCAGAAGUGAUGCAAUGCCUCACUGCCCUCGUGGAAUUGAAGAUUGAAUAUUGUCCUCUUUUGAGUGAAAGAUGCAGAAGGAAAACAGGUGAGGAUUGGCCAAAGAUUGCUCAUGUCCCUUAUAUAUAUCUUGAUGGCCAUGAGAUUGGAUCUAACAGAUAUCACAAGACUGAAGGAGAUCAUAGAGGGAAUCAGAGCAGGUCAUCUACCACCACAGUCAUUUCUACCAACAUCUCACUCGAAAAUGACUGGAAAAAGGAGGAAAGAUAAGCAUCAUCCCCUAAGCAAGAAACAAAGGCCACUGCACAUGCAACACCACCUGCCUCCAAGGUCCCUAUGGAAGAAGAUACCCUUCUGACUCAAGACCUCAAUUCUAUAUCUUAGGCUCAAACACCGCAGUCCAGUUCCAUUUCUUCUGUCCCAAGUCCUUCAACUGAAGCUCCUCGAGCAGCUAGUACGAGAUCCAGCCCUCUAACUACUCAACCAAGAUCAUUUGAUUUUCAGCAGGAACAGCAUCCCAUCAGAAUACGCACCCAAAUAUUAGGCAAAUUGGCUGAUGCACAUGAUUUCUCUGCUUUUUAAGCAAAGUUCGAAUCCCCCUUUCCUAAGUCUAAAAAAAAAAAGCACCUCCCAUCAGAGUUCCUCUUCAGCCUUCUCCGCCUACUAAUUCAGUAAAUUCUUAUUUAUGGACUUUAUAUCUUGAUUUCAGGACUUUGUCUUUCACUUACCAAUGCUCAUUCACAGGCUAACAGUGCCGCCUUCGCUCCCACUGAUGUAUAUGGGGGUCUAUCAAUUGGCACCUCCCCCACGGUUUCUACUCAAGAUGAUACCCUUCACACUCAAAGUGAUACUACAACUCAAAAUCACUAUACUGAAUCUGAAGAUGAACUAUCACAAUGAACUUCUUUUUUUUCGGAUCCUUCCUUCCUUUGACUUGGUGUGAUUGGUACAACUUCCAGCCCCCAAACAAUUUCAGCAACAACUUCUUUUCCUCUGGAUGCUACUCCCAGCAAAGUUCCUCUAGCCUUCUUCAGUUACACAUUUGGUUAUACUCUUCCCACACAAAGUGAUACUCCAACUCAAAGCCCCAAUUCUGAAGCUCAAUUAGGCCAAAUUCCCACAAUCAAGCUCUUCUAAUUCGAUCAUUGGGUUGACCUUCCUGGACUUAGCAUUCAACUGUUGCAACAUCCGGCCCUCCAACUACUUUAGAAACGACAUUUGUUUUUUCCUAUGGCUCAAUUGUCAAUUACCUCUUUCUAAAGAGGAUGCUUUUGCAGCCAUGAUGAAUAGCUUUGGAGCUAAUUUGGUUCAAACUUCUAAUAAGGACAUUGCUUGGCUCUGCAGUCGGGCCACCUUGGAAUUACCUUGUGAAUUGAUACAUGAAGCACCUGUAGGGAAUCAUAAUACUCUCUGCGGUCUAAAUAGUUUAUUAGUCUAAAAAAUUUUCUGAAACAUUAAAAUUGUAUUUUAGGCAGAGUAAAAUUCAAUUUUAAUUUAGCAGUACCUAACUUGUUUAAGCAGAGUAAUUCAUGCUCUGUCCCGCCUUCUUCAAUACUUCGUAUUGUCAAUUAAUUCGGGGCUUUCUGUUUAUAUUGGGAAAUAGGGCUUUUGCACAUUUUCGUUAGUCAAAGAAAAGUUGAGCUAUCUUCGUGCUCCUGGCCUUGAAUUUUGAGAUUGUGACACUGACAUUCAAGGGUGACAUGCCAUUCCUAAAGAAUUGAAUGUUGUGCAUUGUCCCAUUUUGAUCCCAAGAUGCAAACGCCAGAUCGGAGAGGAUUGGACCAACAUUGUUCUUGUCCCCCCUAUAUAUCAUAACAGUAACGCAAUUUAAUAUAGCGAAAUUGAACAAGUUCUUGUUUUUUGUUUGGUUUUU